CGAACCCGGACCACGAUGCGCGCCCCGAGCUGCGGGCGGCUGGCGCUGCCGCUGCUUCUCCUUGCCGCGGCCGCCCUGGCAGAAGGCGACGCCAAAGGGCUCAAGGAGGGCGAGACCCCCGGCAAUUUCAUGGAAGACGAGCAAUGGCUGUCGUCCAUCUCGCAGUACAGCGGCAAGAUCAAGCACUGGAACCGCUUCCGAGACGAUGACUACAUCAAGAGCUGGGAGGACAAUCAGCAGGGAGAUGAAGCCCUGGACACCACCAAGGAUCCCUGCCAGAAGGUGAAGUGCAGCCGCCACAAGGUGUGCAUCGCCCAGGGCUACCAGCGGGCCAUGUGCAUCAGCCGCAAGAAGCUGGAGCACAGGAUCAAGCAGCCUACCCUGAAACUCCAUGGAAACAAAGACACUGUCUGCAAGCCCUGUCACAUGGCCCAUCUUGCCUCUGUCUGCGGCUCUGAUGGCCACACUUACAGCUCAGUGUGUAAGCUGGAGCAGCAGGCGUGCCUGAGCAGCAAGCAGCUGGCGGUGAGAUGUGAGGGCCCCUGCCCCUGCCCCACGGAGCAGGCUGCCACCUCCACCACUGAUGGCAAACCAGAGACCUGCACUGGUCAGGACCUGGCAGACCUGGGGGAUCGGUUGCGGGACUGGUUCCAGCUCCUUCACGAGAACUCCAAGCAGAACGGCUCCAGCAGCGGAGCCAGCCCCACCACUGGGUUGGACAAAAGUCUGGGGGCCAGCUGCAAGGACUCCAUUGGCUGGAUGUUCUCCAAGCUGGACACCAGCGCCGACCUCUUCCUGGACCAGACGGAGCUGGCCGCCGUCAACCUGGACAAGUACGAGGUCUGCAUCCGUCCCUUCUUCAACUCCUGCGACACCUACAAGGAUGGCCGGGUCUCCACUGCCGAGUGGUGCUUCUGCUUCUGGAGGGAGAAGCCCCCCUGCCUGGCGGAGCUGGAGCGCAUCCAGAUCCAGGAAGCUGCCAAGAAGAGGCCAGGUGUUUUCAUCCCAAGCUGUGAUGAGGAUGGCUACUACCGGAAGAUGCAGUGUGACCAGAGCAGCGGCGACUGCUGGUGUGUGGACCAGCUGGGCCUGGAGCUGACAGGCAGCCGCAUGCACGGGAGCCCUGACUGUGAUGACAUCGUGGGCUUCUCCGGGGACUUUGGGAGCGGCGUUGGCUGGGAGGACGAGGAGGAGAAGGACACGGAGGAAGCCGGCGAGGAGGCUGAGGAGGAAGAAGGAGAGGCUGGUGAGGCCGAUGACGGAGGCUACAUCUGGUAGAUGUCUGCGGGGAGCCGGGCAGGGUGCUGACGGCUGGGGCAGAUGGGCUGGCAGAGACCUGGACAGAUGCAGGCAGCCUAGUGAACCGAACGGAUCCAGAAAACACGGUGGAAGGACCUGCCUCCAAUGGGGAGACUGGACGUGUGAGUGUGCAUGGCAUGCGUGUGGCAUGUGUGCCUGGGUGCGUGAGUGUGCGUGUGUGUGAGCACAUGUGCGCGGCUUCGGCUGAAAACGUGUCCUUGGCCCACAUUGCUCCUGGCAGAGAGCCACCCAACAACCCCUUUGGUCUCCACAUACUGUUUCCUUUCCAUUAGUUGUUGGUUUCAAAAUACAUACAUUUGUACCCAUACACUCACAAGGCCAAAAUUGAUGAAAUGAGAUGCCCCCAGUCACAGCCCCUAACCAAGCCCAGCUCUACCUGACACCCUGGGGUUCCUUGAUCUGAUUUGUUACGGUGGCUCCACAGUCCUGCCUCCUCCUGUCCAUGCUUGCCCUUCUCCCCCCUCCUCUGAGGUCAAGCUCUGGCCUGAGAGAGUGUCCCGGUUGCAGGGAGUUCUCUGCUGUCUGGGUGUCCUCACAGGCUGGGCCAACGUGGCUGUGACAUCCUCGCCUGCCUCAGAUGAGGCCCGCAAGGACACCCACCCACAGCAAGCCCCUUCCCUGUGCUCGAUUCCCAAGCACUGGAGAAACCUUCCUAUCCCAAGGCAGGGUGACCACAGGUGCCAAGAAAGAGCUAGGGACAGAAGCUGAGAGAUGAGUGGAGGGGAAGGCCUUGCAGAGUGGCUGAGGACCCUCCCAUGAGAGAAGGUGGAGUGGGGUGAGAAGGGGGGGGCAGGUCAGCAGGGGGGGUCCACAGUUGCAGGUACUGGGUGGAGUUUUUAGGAGUGGAGGUGGGGCCAGCCCCAAUGCCACACCCAGGGAUCGCCUGACCCCUCUCUGUGCUAGAGAUUGAUUUGGGGUCUCGGAUGGGGGCACUGGACUGGGGCUGCCCUCUUGGAGGGGAAUGGGCAGGGGUCAUGCAGGUGACGGCUGACUGGCUCCCACAUGGUAUAUCUGUGAGGUGCUGCUCCUCCUUCCGCCCCGUGCUGGGGGUCCCCUUGUUCACUCAAGGGAGUCUGAUGAUCAGAAAUGGCAAGUGAGGGGCCUGGGUCUUGGCUCGGGGGGUUGUGUGUGUCUAUUCCUCCCUGACCCCUUAACUAAAUGCACCUGCCCUCCCAGACCCACAAGAAGGGCUGUCCCUGAGACCCCUUAGCAGAGCAGCUGAGAGCUGCAGCCUUCCUGCUCUGGAGCCCCUGCUGUUCCUCCAUCUUCCCCUUCCUCAAGGGAGAGACUCCAGUGGCCAUUGCCAGCCCCCUCCUCUCAGCCCUUGGGGUCUUCCUCUCUCCCCUCUGAGGCUCCCUAGGACUGCUCUAGUGAUGGGCUUCCCCAGCUCUGUUCUGAAUCUGUGUAGUGUUUGGGAGCAGUGACAGGUUAGAGGGGGCAGGACUGAGGAAAGCUGGGCUCUGAAGCCACACCUCACUGUUCCCCCAAAUCUCCUUACCAGGUGGGAGCCAGGUUUGAUGAGAAGGAGCCCCUUUUUUUUUUUCUUAUAUGUCCAGCUGUCCCUGUUGAGGCAAAUUCCUGAACAACUUUGGCAAAAGAUUUCUUACCCAGACUUGGGCCCCUGAUACCUUCUGGGGUAGUGAGCACUGUGAGUGUGUGUGUGUGUGUGUGUAAGUUUGCGUGUGUGCAUGUGUGCGGGCCAUGUGUAUGUGCGUGCCUGGGGGCUAUCCUGAGUGGCCUAUGCGUGUGUGGUGGGACACCCUGUAGGCUGGUGAGUGGCUGUGCCGGUGGGGUAUGGGAUGUGGGGGUCAGUGUGACGAGGCUCCUGAGCAAGAAUCACAGCCUGGCUCCCCCAAGCAUCUCCCAGCCUCCGCCAGCACCUACGGGACUUCGCGGAAGACCCUCACCCUGUCCGCCCCUUGAUCCACCCUGGAGUCAACAGCUUCCCAGUCCUCUUUUGGGGGAAAUUAUGCAGGUCCACUUAGCCCUGUAAACUGCUUGUCAUUCCGCAGCACAGUUCUGACCCCCACGGUGUCGCGCUGUCCCAGACCCCCCACAGCCCCCCUGCCCCCCUCCUCGCCCCUCCCCUGUCCUCGGGCUUCCCUCCCGCGGCCCCAGGCUCGUCCAGGGAAACCUGUUUCACGUCAGCCCUCCGCUCUCUGGAGCAGCCCGCUCCACUGCCACUACCGGAGCUACUUGAAACCUCCUGCUCUCGCUAGGAUCGGAGUCUGCCUGUCUCUUCCCUCUGCCCUACUUGGACUUACUAGCACUGUUCUCGGAGCAGCUGCUGAGAAUGGUGGGGAGCCUGGGUGGGGAGAAGUGCAGAGACAGGGCACGCCCGUGCUCUCACUGCCCCCCACCCCGGGGCGCAUGUGCUCUGGCUGGCUCCGGGUCUUCUGGUUGUGCACGUUUCUAUGACCUCCUAUGACCUUGUAAAUAUGUGUUAGGAAGAAUGCGAAAGGCACUGAACUAGACCCUGGUGGGGCAGCUCGCCCCAUCUCUGGAUUCCCAUUUUGCUCUCCCCCAGCUCUGAGACUGAGGCCACCCCAAAGGUAGACACAAACAGCUAUUCAUCCAAGUCACUUUUUGGCUGAGAGCUUGAGGUGUCCUCAUAAAGAAAGUUCCAGGUCAGUUCUUCCUCAGCAAGUGGGUUCAUGCCCUUGACCUCGCUGCCAGCCCCCACCCCUCCAUGCUCCCUACACAGAUGCCCUCUGUGAGGCAGGCAGGGGAAGUAGGCUGCAUGGAACAGAACCCAACCAAAUCCUACUGAACAGUUUCUUGGCUGGCCCUGACCUGCCCCUGGUUGCCCCAGGCCUCCCUGGCCCACAGGUGCUGGGAGAGGUGGGCGUGUCUAAGAGUCUGGUUGGGGUUGAGAAAAUAAAUGUGCCUUGAGGGACCACUCAGAGAGAGCCCAAGGGUGCCAGGGAAGGAGUAGUGGCAAGAGAGCUCAGGAGGACAGAGGAGGGAGGUGAAGCUGAUGAUGGCAUGAGGGACAUUGUGCCUGACCCGUGUCGCAACGGUGGACAUGCUCUUCCCCCCCAUUCUGCCCUUCAUGAUCUCCGCCUGCUUCCAACUUCACCUCUGAGUGGGACCCAUUGGUAUCAACAUCAGAACCCUCCAUUUCACCAAAGCUCUGAGCCCUCAGCCCUUCAGGAGGAGGCAUGGCUGACCUUUGACCCUUGGAGUCAUUGUCAGGCUGUGGGCAGGCAGGGGUCAAAGGGAAGAGACACUAGGGGUGCAAAACAAGACGGGAGACAUCCCAAGGAAGUCCCAAGCAGAGCAAGCUGCUUUCUAGCCUGAAGCCUACUUAAACUGUGUCAUGUGCAAUAACUGAGCUUAGAGUUAAGAAUUGUGUUCACGUGCUUGGAUUUCCGUCUGUAUAUUUAAGUGCUGAAAUAGUAUCUUUCAGUAAUUUUAGAUGUUUAAAAAAAAUUGAAGAACAAACUGUUAGACCGUGUGUGUGCAUUGAUGGGCAUUCAAGCAUCCUAUGGAUCACCUGACCCUCUCCUUUUUCCCCUGCGCCCCCUCCUCACGCUCCAUCCACGCCUCCACUUGGGGCCCCUGCCUCGUGUUGUCUUAUCUGCCUAUUACUCAGCCUAAGGAAACAAGUACACUCCACACAUGCAUAAAAGAAGUCAAAUGUUAUUUUUAAGAAAACAGAAAAUAAAAACUUUAUAAACACCACCUGCUGGCAAAAUUCUGCUUUUUCUUCCCC